AUGUCCAGGCAGUCCAGCAUCACUUUCCAGACCGGCAGCCGCAGGAGCUUCAGCACGGCCUCGGCCACCACCCCAGCGGCCGGCCGCUCCCGCUUCAGCUCCGUCUCCGUGGCCCGCUCCACAGGAGGCGGUGCAGGGCUGGGCAGGAUGAGCAGCGCUGGGGCGGGCUUUGGGAGCCGCAGCCUCUACAACCUGGGGGGCACCAGGCGGGUCUCCAUCGGGGGGUGCGGCGGCAGCUUCCGAAGUGGCUUUGGUGGCAGGGCCAGCAGCGGGUUCGGGGUCAGCAGUGGAUUUGGCUAUGGGGGCACAGGCGGAGGAGGCUACGGGGCCUCGGGCUUCCCUGUGUGCCCCCCUGGAGGCAUCCAAGAGGUCACUGUCAACCAGAGUCUCCUGACUCCCCUCAACCUGCAAAUCGACCCCACCAUCCAGCGAGUGCGGAAAGAGGAGCGGGAGCAGAUCAAGACCCUCAACAACAAGUUUGCCUCAUUCAUCGACAAGGUGAGGUUCCUGGAGCAGCAGAACAAGGUCUUAGAGACCAAGUGGGAGCUCCUUCAGGAGCAGGGCUCCAAGACGGUGAGGCAGAACCUGGAGCCUUUCUUUGACACCUAUAUCAAUGACCUCCGCCGGCAGCUGGACAGCGUCACCACAGAGAGGGGCAGGCUGGACGCUGAGUUGAGGAACAUGCAGGACGUCGUGGAAGAUUUCAAAGUUAGGUACGAGGACGAAAUUAACAAGCGCACCACUGCCGAGAAUGAGUUUGUGGCCCUGAAGAAGGAUGUGGAUUCGGCCUACAUGAACAAGGUGGAACUGGAGGCCAAGGUCAACUCUCUGACUGAUGAGAUCAACUUCUUCCGGAUGGUCUUUGAGGCCGAGCUGUCCCAGAUGCAGAGCCAUGUCAGCGACACGUCCGUGGUGUUGUCCAUGGACAACAACCGCAGCCUGGACCUGGACAGCAUCAUCGCCGAGGUCAAGGCCCAGUAUGAGGACAUCGCCAACCGCAGCCGGGCCGAGGCCGAGUCCUGGUACCAGACCAAGUACGAGGAGCUGCAGUGGUCUGCUGGCCUCCAGCAUGGGGAUGGGGAUGACCUCCGCACCACCAAGAUGGAGAUCUCCGAGCGGAACCGCAUGAUGCAGAGACUGCGCUCCGAGAUUGAUAACCUGAAGAAGCAGAGUGCCACGCUCCAGAACGCCAUUGCGGAUGCCGAGCAGCGCGGGGAGCUGGCCCUCAAGGACGCCAAGCACAAGCUGGCCGAGCGGGAGGAUGCUCUGCAGAAGGCCAAGCAGGACAUGGCCCGGCAGCUGCGCGAGUACCAGGAGCUCAUGAACGUCAAGCUGGCCCUGGACAUCGAGAUCGCCACCUACCGCAAGCUGCUGGAGGGCGAGGAGUGCAGACUCACUGGGGAAGGCGUCGGACCCCUGAACAUCUCCGUGGUCUCCUCCGGCGGGGGCACAGGCUACAGCUCGGGCGGCGGCCUCUGCCUGGCCAGAGGCGGCGGCUACAGCUGCAGCCUGGGCUACGGCUCCGGGGGCGGCUUCAGUUCUACCAGCAGCUCCAGCAUGCGCAUCAUCUCCAAGACGUCGUCCACCAAGAAGAGUUACAGGAGCUAA